AAUGAUUUAUCUUUUUACAGGAAUGAGUGCAGAAGUAUACAGAGAUUUUUCAACACUUUGUACAACUAGUACUGAAGUUGAAAGUGCUGAUGUUCCCGCAAGCAUCGAACGUCUGAGUUUUGCAAUAGCAAAAGAAAAGACACCAGGGGAAUUGAAGAAAAUGAGUAAUCAGGAAAUCGUGGAAUGGCUUCAAAAUUCUCAAACUGACGCUGGAAAGAAGUACCGUGAAUUUCUUACCAGACACGGACACAGAUGUUUAAAAGAAUUUGAUAUGCGGCAAAAAACUUGGGGAACUGAUCCUACAACUCUCAUACAGCUAUUAAAGAAUCUCGCCGGAUCAUCAUCGAAAAAAGUAACAAAUAAGAAAGAAGAGAAUUUUAACAAAACAUUGAAAGAUUUGGGAAUAAACGUCGGGCUCAAGACAAGACUAACUCUGAAAUUCUUGAUAUCUCGAAGUCGAAAAGGAGUUCAGAAUAGAGAAAUGUCAAAGUCACUGCUUAUCAAGACUCAAGAUGAAUGGAGAAAAGGCUACUAUCACCUAGCAAAGCUUAUGGUAUCAGAAGGUAGAAUACCAGACGAAGAUCUACUCUUCUUUAUGACUGUGGACGAAAUAAGAGAAAUUUUAGAGACAAGAUCACCAAAAAUAAUUGCAAGAGCAAACCAUAGGAAACGUAGAUACCCAGUUUUGGACAAGUAUAUAUUUCCAGAAAUAAUGAAAGGAUUUCCUAAACCUAUCAACUUAGAAGACAAUACUCCUAUUUCAAGUGAAGAUAACUUUUCCAUGAAAG